CGAUGCCAGGACCAGCUGAAAUGCUCUUGCUAGUGGCUGGGCCUAUGCAAUGUGCUGGCUGUGCAACACGCCUGGCGAAAAUCAGUCUUUCUAUACUAGCGACUAGCCGGCCUACGAGAUGGCCGGACAGAUUGGAGCCUCCUUUCUGAUCUUCCCGUCCGGCAAGUGACAACUCUCGAAGUCGACGAUUGGUAUGAUUCGGUAUCUCAAUCACAGCUUUUCGCAGAUCCUGUGUUAUUGUUCAGCUGCACCGCAAGGUUAGCGUCUGCGACUUCCAUUCCCUGUUGUUGUCACCCUUCUCCACCAAUUUUCCAGAGCCACCGGAACGUGGUCAAACAUGGAGGUGCGAGAAGACAUGUUUCGCUACCGAAGGCUGCCUCCAACAUAUACGAGACUCUUCCUAGUUCCUCCCAUCCAAGGUGGAGCACUCCGUUGCAGACUCUUCCACCUCCAUCUACUCGAAUGUGGGACGAAAAUGAGAUACAACGCCUUGUCCUACACAUGGGGAGAUGCCACUGAAACCACCACAAUCCGGCUUCUCGACGACAAGACAGGUCACGAGGGUCAGCUCGAGAUCACGAAGAGUCUGGAGAUCGCACUUCAACGAGCGCGACAUCCAACAUCCGCAAUGCUCUUCUGGGCGGACCAGAUAUGCAUUGAUCAGGCCAAUCUAGAAGAGAAAGAAACCCAAAUCGUGUUCAUGAAACUCAUCUAUGAAAGAGCUGGGUCCAUCUAUGCGUGGUUAGGACCAGCGGCCGACCAGAGUGAUAUAGCGAUGAGUCUCAUCGGCACAAUGGACUGGGCUCAAUGGCUCUUGAAGCUGGAAGAUCCAGAUGAAACAGAAGCAGAAUCAGAACCGAGCUCGACACAUUCUACUGACAGACUCACUCCCAACUCGACUAUCUCAAUUAUCAAACUCAUGCGUCGGCCCUGGUGGUCGCGCACAUGGAUCUUGCAGGAAGCCACUGCCCAAUUGCCCAACCAGACAAUGGUGUGCUGCGGAGAAAAGGAGGUUCAGCUAAGCAAGUUUGCCGACUUCAUUGGGGUCAUACGACAGACCUUACUUCGGCCGGAGUUAGUACCUGCAGAGGUGCGCCAACUGUAUAAUCUGUCCUUCAUGGCGAAGUUCAUGGCCUUUCGGCAGAAAAGAAACCAAGCACCACAGAGACCUUUGCUUGAACUGGUUGAGAAUGCUCGGGACACCAAUGCAACCGAUGCUCGGGACAAAGUAUACUCAAUGAUCGGUUUCGCCAUGGAUGUCAGAGACAUCCCGGGACAGACACUCCGUCCAAGCUAUUCACAACCAGCACUCGCUGCUUAUGUCGAAUUCAGUCUAUGGCAUAUCGAAAGACACCAAUGCCUGGACAUCUUGAGUCAUUGCUUUUUUAGAGGAGAGCCGUUCGCUGAAGCACCUGCCAAACCAGGAAGACUACUGACUGUUGUGGGUGCGCAGAACGUACUUCCUCCAGAAGGUGAAGCUGGAUCACGUACAGAGUCAUCGUUCCUUCCGACCUGGGCUCCGGACUGGAGACAGAAGAGCAGUAUCCAAGUAUUUCCUAAAUUGCAAGAUCUUGACGAUCUGUCCUCUCCAGCCCUCUUCUGCGCGGCCACAAAUCAGAAGACGAUCUUUCCUAGUCUUAAAUGCGACUACCAGGCGGUGAGGGGCUUGAGAGCUCAUGGAGUGAGAGUCGGUUAUCUAUGCCGCGUCGAGAAUAAAGCCAUGCCCAGAACCACAGGCCUCGACGUGGAAGAUACAUGGCAGCCCCAUGACAGGGAGAAGAUCUGCCCUCUCACAGGUCUUAGUAUGUUGACAGUAUUCAAGAGAACCAUGUUUGCAGACGUCAAAGGUUAUUUUGGAGACAAGGGUCAAUUGGCCUGGCGCCGCAGCCACGCUGAAGAGGACAUUCUGUGGCCCCCAGUGUCAAUCUUACAACAUGGGCCUCAGUAUCCAGACUUCGUUACACUGAAACGCACCGCCAUUGGUAGGUGCCCGUUUUCCUUGAAACCGUCACAUUCUGCAUCGGAUGGUAAUAACAUCUGGGGCCUAGGGCCGGGCUGGGCGCAGGCAGGCGAUGAAGUGUGGCUGCUUUCGGGAGCGAAAGUACCCUUCGUGCUUCGGCCUAGGCAUCAGGAUGUUCAACGUACUCUUGGGGGUUGCAUACUUGACUUGCAUACAGGGAUUGUGAAGGCAUAUGGGCCCGAUGCUGGACAAGUCGCAUUUGAAAUCGUUGGAGAAUGUUUUAUUCUUGGACUCAUGGACGGAGAAUUGCUUGGCAUGAUGGGUCCGCAUCCGCAUCGCCGUGAAAGACCGCCAGCGUUGAAGGACUUAGCUGAUGAUUUUUCUAAGCUUGUUAUCUUCUGAAACCGGAUGCGAAGAAUGUUCGAUGAGGAUGGGCGAGAAUCCUCGCGAUUUGUCAUCCGGGACGAAAUGCGCCGCAUGCCAAAUUGAGGAAUUGACGCCACCAUACUGGGAAAUCGGCGAAUAACCCUCGAAGUAUGCGGCUCGAACGCGAUUGUCUCAAGGUGAGCAUAAUCCCCACGGUAGGUGUACCCAAAGAAAGUGUAAUGUAUCAAAGGUCAAAUUGGGUAUAUUGUAUAUAUCACUGAA